AUGUGGAGGUUGCAUAAGGGUAUCUUGCCCACUCGAAAGGCUUUGGCUCGCAGGUGCAAUAUCAUGGAUACUAGUUGUCCUUUCUGUGGGUUGCAUGUUGAAGAUGACUUGCAUGUUCUGAAAGAGUGCAAAAGGGUAGAGGAGUUUUGGUUAUGUGGUCCACUCAAUAUAAAGGUACGUACCCUUAAGUGCAUGUCCAUUUCUGCAUGGAUCUUGCAUGCAUGUGAUUCUCUUCCUAAAGACAAAUGGGAUUGGUUUUAUAUGCUAUUAUGGGCUCUAUGGCAUGAACGAAAUGGUGUUGUUUGGAAGGGCAAUUCUUUUUGUCCUCUUAAUAUUGUUGGCUGGGCUAGCAAACUUCUUGAUGAUUAUCAUAAGGCGCACCCAGUGUCUAGAAAGAAUAAGUCUAGGCCGCAAGUGAAAUGGAAGCUUCCCCCGAGGGGUAGACUCAAACUGAACACGGACGGGGCUUUUCAUGGAGCAACUGGUCAUGGUGGGAUCGAGGCCGUUAUUAGAAAUGAAGAUGGUGAGUGUUUAGCUGCAAUUGCACGGCCAUUUUCCCGGGUUAGAUCGGCUUUCCAAAUGGAGGUGGAGGCCAUGAGAGCUGGUCUUCUUUUACUUAUUCACCAAGGCAUGGAUAGUGUUGAUAUUGAGACCGACUGUGCUGCGGUGAGUAUGGGCCUUCAUAUAAAUACGGAAGAUCUUUCUGAGGUAGGUUGUAUAGUGGAGGAUUGUAAAGCCUAUUUGAGCUCACUGUCUUCUUUCACUCUACGAUCUAUUUAA